GCGAGCGAGUCCUCCUCGGGUGACGUCACGCGUCUACAGAGAGGGAAACUGUGUGCACGCGGCUUGGGGGCGGAAACAGCCGCGAGACGUUUGGCCAGCAAAACAAAACAGUGAACCGAGGCGAGGGGGCUCCCCUUUUCUCCACCGGGACACCCGCAGCCACAGACCAACCCUGCCCUCAUGGUUUUUUUGCUAUAAGCUGCUGUUCUAGUGACUUCCACGGCUCAUUCCUGUAGCUCCCCGGAUACGUCACCGGAUACCGGGAGAGCGAGCGAGACUUCUGCUGUGGAGCGUGCAGGCAGGAAAUCGAUUCGGUCGAUUGACACUCGAAAGUUUCAGCAUGUAGCAGAUUUUGUGUUCAGGACUGUCCAUCAUGAAGAAGCAAGGCAGCAAGGUUGUGGAGGAGGAGGAGGCCUUGUGCUGCUGUGAGUACAUGAACAGGGAAGGCCAGAGGAGCCAUAUAGCAGCCUGCUGCUGUGACUGUGAGGACCUGGACGAAGCCUGUGAAAGAUGGCUGUCGAGGAAGGCGCAGAGACCUGAUUCCCUGUCAAAGCUAACUGAGGUUGUGUCGGAUCGGAUUCGUGUCCCGUGGCUGUGGGGGGGAGCCCGCAAACUGGACCUUUCUGUGAUCCCGCCUCUUAUCCUACUUCCUGUCCUGUUGCAUUUGGCCGCUCUCCACUUCCUCCUAGGCAUGGUGGUCCUGACAGCUCUGCCAGGCCUGGUGCUGUGGUACUACUACUUCACCCACCGCAAGAAGGGACGGACGCUGUUUUUCCUCAGCCUGGCGCUCUUCUCUCUGGCCUACAUGUACUACCUGUUCAUCACAGAGGUGCUUCCCCGCGGGGACGUUAGCCCGGCCCAGCUCACAGUGGUAACUGUAGGGGUCGUGCUCACCCUGGCAGCACUCGCCCACACCAAGAAAGAACCUGGCAUUGUGCGGCCGCAACAAGAAGACGUCCACAGCACAGUGACUUAUUUUGGACCACUGCCAGACAGAGAUCCUGCCGUCAACGGGGGGAAGCGAGAGGUGGUCACGACAGUAGCCAACCGGGCAGCUUCGUCGGAGCAGGCGGGGCUGGAGCAGAAGGGGAGCGGCCAGCGGAACUGGUGUCCGGUGUGCAGGGUUGUGCGGCCGCCCAGGGCGGGACACUGUCGGAUCUGUGGUGUGUGCGUGCUGCGUCUUGACCACCACUGUGUCUGGAUAAACAGCUGUGUGGGGCAGGCCAAUCACCGCAGCUUCCUGCUGACACUCGUCCUCUUCCUGUUGACCUCCCUGUACGGGAUCAGCCUGGUGCUGCAGAGUGUGUGUCCCCGACAAAACCUCCUCACUGCUCUGCUCUACUGCCCGGGGGUCUACAACCAGUACAGCAAUGCACUCUGCUUCACCUGUGCAUGGUACAGCAGUAUAGUGACUGGUGGGCUACUCCACCUGCUGGUGCUGCAGGUCAUCAACGUGAGCUACAAUGUGACGGAGCGGGAGGCGCGCAUGGCUCUGCGGGACAAAACCGCCCGCAGCGCAAUGUGGGGAUUCAUCGUGGACACUGGCGUCUACUCUCGAGGCUUCCGUGGAAACUGGGCAGAGUUCAUGACCAUGGGAGACAACCUGAAUGUGCCCUAUAACACCCCUACAGACUUGGUGUAAGAGAGACGUGCAGGCUGGCUGAGCAGUGUGUGUGAGCUUGUGGCUGCGGUACCGCCUGUCACCACUGGAUGGCAGCAUGGAUCCUUUUACUCCAGUCUCACUUGGCUGGCCUUGUCCCACUUUGGAGCAAACCUGGGGUCUGACAGGGAUGUUCUCAGCACGCCUUUGUCAAGGUGUUACUGCAGUUACGGAGUCACCACCUGAGCUGACCAGACACUGACAUUGAGCAAUAACAACAACCAAGACUAAUAAGACACUUCCACUGCCAUUAAUGUCACUGACUGACAGCUGAUGAGUCCUCAUCCUGCUUCCACUCACUCACUGACUUUUACUCUGCACCUGCUGCUGCCUCAUUCCACUUUUCAUCAGGGAUGCACUGAUUUAUUGGUCGAAUAUGGGCAUUGGCCAAUAUUGGCCAUGUUCACUGCCAUUCACUGAUGGCAGUGGCCGAUAUUUAUCUGUCCAUUUUUGCCACUGUCUACGAUAACUGAGUAUCUUUUCACUUGCUGUUUCUGUUAGUAAUCACUGGCUGUCCCCUUAGUUGACUGAGGUGCAAGAUCCAUGAAAAAUAAAAUGAUUUGGAAAUGAUCCUCCCUCAAGCGAGAAAAACAUAUUGCAUUAUUUAGAGAGAGUAAAUGUAGGCACUGUCACAGAUGGCAGUGACACACAAACAGACCGUCAGCAUUGGGGGACUGCAGCUUCGGAUCCAAGUCAGGACUGAGGAGGAAUGAGGAUCGAGUCCGAAUUGGAACUGGGUCACAGUUUCCCAAGACCGAGCACUCCUCCUCCUUAUCCACACUGCUGUGGGCUCCUUGUUAUCAUUAGAGGUUGCAUCAGGUUACGUUAUGAUGCAUUCAAGCUCUUCUCAGUAAAAAAAUGAGCAUCGGUGAAGAUAAAUCAUUAUGUCAUCAUCGUGUGUUCAAAUGUGGUCUUGCAAAAUUUUGUUUUUGGCGAGAAACUAGGAUAGGCUGCAUUUGUAAAAACAAUCUUUGUCAUGUGAAAGGUUCUAUCAGAGAUUGCCUCAGAAAUUUUCUCAGUUUAAAAAAAAAAAAAAAAAAGUAUUGUCUAUUGGCCAAAUUGUUGUUUUAAACCUCCAUUUUGGCCCAGAAUUUCACAAUCGGUGCAUCCCUACCUUUCAUCCAUCUCUCCUCUCCAUCACUGUUACUCCCUCCUUCACAGCCUCGUCUCUGGCACUGCUUGAAGGUUUUUGCUUUUUUUUUCUCUACAUUCUCGUGCCUUGCUGCGUGUCACAGCAAAAAAGAACAGUGCUAGAGUGAACUAAUAAUAACAAUGUGAUACACUAUUCAUCCUUGUCGGGAAAUUUCCUUUUCACUCGCCUACAGGGAGGUUUGAGCACAGAUUCACCUUCAGAACGCUGCCUCCUUAGAUGGUAGGGAUUCGCUAUCUCUCUCAAGGACACUUCAGACAAGGGGGAUGCUUGAUGGUCCUCUAGGUGAAAGAUGGUCUCUGUACUCACUCCUCCCACCCCCAGCCUUCCUCCACAAACACUUUACCAACAGUGCUCGCAAAUAAAGAAACCUAACUUUG